AUGCAGGCGUCAAUAGGCUCAUAUGCCCGAGAAAAUGGAAGAGACAAACCACGGCGGAGACAUCUUCCACAGCUCUCCAUCAGCGACGAAAACCACCACGUCACGGAGGCCAUUGGCCACAUGUACGACGAUGACUAUGAUCGAAGAGACCCCAAGCGACUCAGCUUCGUGGCUUCCCAGAUGGAUGAGACCAUCUCUACCGCUCCGAUCAGUACCGCUGGCGCCUCCAGGUCUUCUCCAAGCCAACUACAAUCCCUUCCCCUUAGAACGAGCUCCAUCGACAAGAAUAGAACAAAUGGGCAAUUACGCGAAGAUGGCGCACUUCGAGACAUCAGCGUCCCGCUUAACAAUGGAGAACUAUCGCCGGGCCUGAGUCGUGCCGCAUCUAUGGAGACAGUCACCACAAAUUUCGAAGUCAAUGAUCUUGACUAUGAAUCAGACCCCGCGGUGGUCGCUCAAGAACUGAGUAACUUGGCAGCGCUGAGAAGAAUGUCAAUGGAUAUUGGGUCGCUUGACCCAGAUUUACCCUCGUUUGGUUCCAAUUUCAACAUGCCAUCGAUCGCUCCCUCUUCCUCUGCGGAUGAAGAUGAUACCUCCAGGCUGUUUUGGGUGCCAGCACGCCUCCACCCCGGGAUAGCGCCAAAGGAAUUCAAAACCUUUCUUGAGAGCAAGUCGGAGCAGAUACAGAGACGCUCCGGGGAACUAUCUUUCAUAGAUGGCUCUGGUCCGCAGCGACAGAACUCGGCUGGUGGGCUGCGAAGGAAGAAAUCAAUGCUGUCCAGACAAGUAGAUUCCUCCAGCGUUGGUGGUAGAUCUGACAGCGUCAGAUCAGCACCUCCAUCAACAUUAACGGCACUAGUCGAAGAGCCACCCUCAGGUUCGCUUUCCAACACUUUCGCUGACGAUAAACCUAUUCUCCCUCCUGCUCCUCCUGGCCACAGUUUACGAAGGUCAACCCGGACGACAUAUCGGAAGGGUAGCCUAAAAGCCGGAGAAAGAGUUACAAGGCGCUUUCCAAGACGUUCAGACUCCAAUUCAGAAGCUGCAUCAAGCCGAACUCCGUUUGGAGCUGAUGAUGUCCCGAUUCUUGGACUGACCAGGGUCUCGACAGAUCCAAUUCCAUCCGCUAAUAGUUCAACAAAUUAUUCUAGACCCGAACCCCGCACAAGAACACCUCCGAGCGAGAGUUCUGAUAUCAAUCGUGGAUCACGGCAAGAACGCCCUGGCUUGGGUAUGCGUACCACGUCAACGAACCAAUUACAAGAAUCACAAUCCCAGAAAUUACCUACCUCGCGUUCAGGUUCCAAGUAUCAACUUCCAGCACAACUUGAUUUACAGCGAGUGGAGCCAUCCGUGCCAGAAGAACCUCGAACCCUUGUUAUUCCAGAACGGAAGUCAUCCCAUGACCCCCCGCCUUCUCUUCCACCGAAAUCACCUUUACCCCAGGAGCCUACCGCAAGCAAAUCUAAAAAAUCGACACAGAAACCAGGUAAAGAAACUCUUCAAGCACCCAAUGAAAUUACCGCCCCGCCCUCCCCAGUUCCCAGCCACCCCAAUACAUCAGAUAGCUCAAUAGCUCAUACUCGCUCAGCAGAAGACAAAAAGUCAGAUAGAAAAUCCAAAGAAAAGAAGGACUCGGAUGGACGAAAGUCAAGUUGGCAUUGGCGGAGAAGCACGGAGGAUAAAGAGAAAGAUAAGAAAAAGGACGAGGAUGGAAAGAAACAAAAGUCAAAGUCAAGCAAGUCGGCGGAUAAGAUGCACGAUAGCACCCGCUUAGAUGUCCUGCAGGCGUCUAUUGAUGGAGGCGCCAAGGGACGAGAGGGCCUGGUUCUCGAUCGCUCAGAAGUGAAAAUUGGCGACGACGAUCGACGAAAAGAUAAAAAGUCUGAGGGUGGAGAUGUGAAAAAGGAGAAGGAAUCAAGUCUAUUUUCAUCGAUAUUUGGGGGUAGUAAAAAGAAAAGUGGUCAUGAUAGCCACAAAAAGUAUUCCAGAAACCUAUCCCCGGAUACUCGCAUACGUGAACUCAGACCCGACAUCGACUACAGUUGGACUCGCUUUUCUCUGAUACAAGAACGAGCAAUAUACCGAAUGGCUCAUCUUAAGCUUGCGAAUCCUCGACGGGAAUUAUACUCACAGGUCCUUCUAAGCAACUUCAUGUACUCUUAUCUUGCGAAAGUCCAGCAAAUGCACCCGCACAUGAGCUUGCCGACUUCAGCCGCUCAAAACCAACAACGCAAGAAGGAACAGCAGCAACAGCAACAACAAGACCAGCAACAGCUUGAUGAAUUUUCUCAGUAUCAGGAGUACGCACAAGCUGAAUCGGAUCGAUAUGAUGAUGGGCAGGCGUACGCCGACGACGACCGAGUGUAUUACGAUACGGAAGAAAAUGAAAAUUCCGGUCGAAGCAAUGAUCCAGGAAUUUCCCGGGGAGCUGGACAACGCGCUCAUGCGCCCUCGAAUGGAAAUGCUUCGCAACGAGACGAAAACGAAAUGUGGUGA